AAGCAAAUGGAGUCGGCAUUGGAUUCAUUGGUUAAUAAUAGCAAAAACCAAUCGCUGAAUCCGACUCCAGUCGGUGGUGGUGUCGGUGCCGCCAAUGUUGGUGACGAUUGCGGCAGUAUAUCGUCAAAGUUUAACGACGCCACUGUCAUAGUGUCGGUAGUCAUACUCGGACUCAUCAAUGUUAUCGUUAUUGCCGGCAAUAUACUAGUCAUUGUCAGUGUGUUUGUGUCGGCAAAACUUCGAACAGUUACCAACUUUUUUAUCGUAUCACUAGCAGUGGCCGAUCUUUUAGUAGGCAUUGCUGUUAUACCGUACUCACUAUCCUUAGAGAUUCUUGAUGUUUGGAUUUUCGGUGAACUCUGGUGUCAGGGCUGGUUAGUAACUGACGUAUGGUUGUGCACAGCCAGCAUCCUAAAUUUAUGUGCCAUUUCUAUUGACCGAUAUUUGGCGGUCACCCGACCAGUUCGGUACCGAAGUAUGAUGACAAGCAAAAGAGCUAAGAUAGUGAUAGCCUGUGUAUGGGUCGUGUCUUUUAUUAUUUGCUUUCCUCCGCUGGUCGGUUGGAAUGAUAGUAAUACAUCAUUCCUUCAGCUAAGUAAACCCGACAACACCAACAAUAAUAAUAAUAAUAAUAAUCCCGGUAUUCAUUUACCAACUGUUGUAACCCAAACAUAUGUAAACACAUUUGACAAACCACUGUUAACAACGACAACCACCGCCACCGUCACCGCUGCCGCCAUCACAACCUAUUCAUCAGAUUUUGUGUCCAACAGUUUUCAUCAGCAUUUAGAUCUAAUGAACACGUCUUCCAUUAUCACAACAACACCAACAACAACAACAACAACAUCCACUUCAACAAUCACUUCUCGGUCAAUGUCCAACAUUACAAACAAUCAUGACAUCAAUGCCAACACAAAUCACAUCAACAGUUUAGCAGACAUUUUAAACUAUACGUCCCAACAGACGCCUCACAGUUCACGGGACUGUUCGCCUUCACGAAUAAAGUGCGAAAUUUUCCAAAACAAGGGUUAUGUCAUAUACUCGGCUUUGGGAUCAUUUUAUAUACCAAUGUUUGUGAUGGCAUUCUUCUAUUGGCGCAUAUAUUUAGUGGCCAGUAGGACGUCCCGUGCGCUCAGCAGAGGCUAUAAGACGACCAAAUGUAACGGUUCUCAUGACGAACGACUCACACUUCGGAUACAUAGGGGUUACGGUGAAGACGUCCAAAGUGGCGGCCAAAACACUUAUUUGUCGACACAAAACGAGACCAAUACAUUAAACACAUCAUUUUCGGGAUCCAGAUCCCGAUCAUCUAAUCUUCGGCUAAGUAGUCAUAAUAAUGAUAACACCGACCAAUCGGUGAUGACAGCCAUGAGAAGUGGCAAAAAAGGUGCUCAAAGUAAAGACUUUGGUCCAGUGAUUACAGUGACCAGCAAUGCCAACAUCAACAACAAUACUGGUGCCGGUGGUAGCGGCGGUGGAGGCAAAAAACAUAUGCCAAUAACAUUGUAUCGGUCGUCCAAAUUAACGGCCAGCCUUUCGCCAAAUAAUUAUGAACAAAACGGCCAAAACAGGCGAAUGUCUCCAAGCAAUCAGUCGACUCUAUCGCUUCCGUCGUCAAGCAGUCCGUGCUCUUCACGUGAGGGCAGUGCCCGAAGCGGCAAAUUAGUGAUUAAUAGGUUUAGCAAAAGGACGUCCAAAUAUCAGGCCAAACGAUUUCACGCCGAAACAAAAGCGGCCAAAACUGUCGGCAUAAUUGUCGGCGGAUUUAUACUCUGUUGGUUACCAUUUUUUACUGUAUAUUUAGCAAGGGCAUUUUGUAUGGAUGAAGAUUGUAUACCCAAUCUAUUGUUAUCCAUAUUUAUUUGGUUGGGUUAUUGUAAUUCAAUGAUCAAUCCAUGCAUUUAUGGAUUGUUUAGUAAAGAUUUUCGACGAGCCUUUAGGAACAUUAUAUGCAGAUGUAAAUUCAGGGAAGAAACUGUUAGUUCAUUGAUACGACAGAUCCAUAUGCCAACCUUUUUUGAGGACAUGCCUGAAGACAUGGUUAAACCUGAUUCACAGGAAGACUAG